AUGGAUCUCUCUGCGUACGAGGAGAACCUCGACCAGGCCAUCCGGCUGUCUCGACAGGCGACGGAGCGAGACAAAGCGGGCGCGUUCGCUGAGGCCUUCGAACUCUACAAAGUCGCUCUCGACUACUGGCACGUGCUCUGCCGAGGUCAGACGAACGCGCUGUUGAAGGAGAAACUGUAUCGCAAGAUGGGCGAGUACGUCGCCCGCGCCGAGGUUCUCAAGCACUUUCUGGAGAGGCAGAAGCAGCAGUCGUGGCAAGCGUACACUAAGACGCCCCCUGCCUUCGCCAGCGCCGCGUCUCCAUCGAUGGCCUGUCGAUCGGACCCGCUCUUCGCGACGCCUGUGCCUCACGGGAGUUCCCUCUGUUGCUCGAGUGCUGCAAAUCAAGGUUCGCAGCCGUGCGCCUCUACGCCUUUCCCGCAUCUCCUCUCUUCUCCAUGUGCCUCGUUUCUGCAAGCGGACCCUCGCGACUCCGCCAAGAGGAGCUCAGACAGAGGCGACGGCUGCGGGUGUACAGGCAGCAUGCAAGCAGACGAUCUCACCGAAGAAGAAAAAAUCAAAGAAAAACUGAACAUCUCCUCAGCGGACCUCGUGAGCAAGUGGCAAGGCGAGAGUGAAAAGCUCGUGCGUUCUCUGUUCGCCAUGGCGCGAGAGCGAAGGCCGUCGAUCAUCUUCAUCGACGAAAUCGACUCCAUGUGCGGAGCGAGAAGCGAAGGAGACAGCGACUCGUCGCGGAGAAUCAAAACCGAGUUUCUCGUGCAGAUGCAAGGCCUCCAGAAAGACGCUCCGGGAGUCCUCGUCUUGGGCGCUACCAACGUCCCGUGGGCGCUCGACUCAGCAAUUCGUCGUAGAUUCGAGCGGCGGGUGUACAUCCCGCUCCCUGACCUCCGUGCUCGUCUUCAGCUGGUUUCUCUCUCUCUCGGCAACACGCCUCAUCAGCUGGGAGACGUGCAUUUCCAAACGCUCGCCGUACAAACUGAGGGAUUUAGUGGAGCAGACAUUUCGGUGGUUGUGAGAGACGCGCUCUUUCAGCCGCUGCGAAAGUGCCGAGCAGCGACGCACUUUAAGAGAGUUCGUUUCAACGGCACCUUCUUCCUCACGCCUUGUUCUCCUGGAGACGCCGACUCGACAAAAGUGGAAAUGCGCCUCAUGGAAGUCCCCCCCGACCGCCUCUUGCCUCCAGAACUUUCCAUGGAGGAUUUCAUCGCUGUUCUCCGGAAUGCACGUCCUUCUGUGAGUGAAGAGGACAUUCGCCGCCACGACGAGUGGACGAGGCGCUUCGGCGUCGAGGGUCAGUGA